UAAGUAACCUCUGCAGCUGCUGUUCUGAAGGAUGCUGAGAGUUUAGCCGCAGCGCCUGAUGAAAGCGGGCCGUGUGAGGGGCUCCAGUAGAAAGCGGGGAUGGAAGAAAGUAGCGAGUUAACUCUGAGCAUCGCUCACAUCGUCCAGCGGCUCAAAGGAAGCCAUUUACACUCUCAGAUAGAGAGACAAGCUAAAGACUGUUUACGUCGAUCUGAGAUCAAAUUGGAGUCGCUGAAGGAAGACGUGCGCAGUUUUCUGAAUAAAUCAGGUUGGGAGAAAAAGCUACAGAAUGCUGUUUACAGAGAGCUGCAUGUCCAGCUGCCUCUAAGCCAUCCCACAGCUCCUCCAGAGCAACUCAAAGAGCCGCUGGCCUACAUGCGUAAAGCUCAGGCCAGCUGGGAGAAACGCGUCCUCAAAAGCCUGAACAGCAUGAGCACAGAGCUUGGAGUGCCUCUGGCCCGUAAGAGGCCUGCAGCCGAGCAGAAGGAGCUCACCGACAAGUGGAACGAGAUGGGCACCGACGAAGCAGACUUGAGUCGUUUCAGGCCCGUAUACGCCCUGAAAGACUUCCUGGAGGUGUUGAUAAGUUUGCGCAACUCCAACCAUGGCAGCUGUGAGGACGUCAGCGCACGGAGCCACUGGGGCCUCAUUCAGGUUCCCCUCAACGUCCGGGACAUCCCACAGUUGAGGCAGGCUUACUCAGAGCUGAACCUGAACUCCGGCCAGUUGGGGAUUGACGACCAUGGCCACGUCCAUCCAGACCUGUUUGAAAACGACUAUGUUCAGAUCGGCAAAAAAGUUGUGGUGGAACAGGACAGCGCAGCAGCACAGCAGUACAGCAGGCGGGGCUGUCCCACCGGGCUCCGGGCAGACCUCUGGGCCCUCAUCCUGAACUCCACCAACCAGCCGCAGGACGUCAUGCAUUAUGAGCAACUCAGAGCCGGAGUGAUCCAACACGACCUGCUGGUGGAUAACCUCAUCUACAAGGACGUUAAACUCACCGCCAGCAACGAUGACUACUACUUUGUAUUUGAGGACUUCCUCUAUCAGGUUCUAUUGUGUUUCUCUCGAGACACGGCAGUUCUGGAGCAUUUCAAGUACAACAGCGCCACUCCUCCUAAAUCCUACCUACAUGGGAAAGUGGGAGAUGGAGAAUAUGCUGUUGUUUACCCUCCAAACGGUGUUAUCCCCUUCCAUGGCUUUUCUAUGUACGUGGCCCCCUUGUGUUUCCUGUACAACGAGCCGUCCAAACUAUACAGCGUCUUCCGGGAAAUGUAUAUCCGCUACUUUUUUAGGCUGCACUCCAUCUCCUCCUCUCAUUCAGGUAUAGUGUCCCUCUGCCUGCAGUUUGAGCGUCUCCUCCAAACCCACCUGCCUCAGCUCUUUUACCACCUUCGACUGAUCGGCGCCCAGCCGUUGCGUAUUGCCUUUAAGUGGAUGGUCCGCGCCUUUUCUGGUUACCUUUCCACUGAUCAGCUGCUCCUUCUUUGGGAUCGAAUCCUGGGCUAUGACUCAUUGGAGGUCGUUGCAGUUCUUGCAGCAGCUGUGUUUGCCUUCCGUGCUGAGAACCUGAUGGAGGUGACGUCGCUGGCCUCAGCAGAGGCCGUCCUCGCUGACCUUUCAACCCUGAAGGUCGUACCGCUCAUCCAGAUCUUUCUCUUCGCCACCGCCAUCUGAAACCCACCGAACAUGAGGACCUGUGCUCAAAAACCAACAAACUCACUCCGGGUGACAAAACA